AUGGUGAAGGUUGCUUAUCCCUUCUUCUCUUCUUUUCUCAAUUUCUUCCUCCUAAUUACAUUGGCAACCUCUUCCUCAUUCUUAUCAGAUAACAUAUUUGAGAGUGAUACUUUCACUGGACGUACUCUCUUACAAACUAAAAAAGCUUGUGGAGUUGAUUUUCAGAACCAGAACUACUCAAUUAUAAUAAGGCAAUGUAAAGGUCCAAGAUACCCUCCAAUAGCUUGCUGUGAGGCAUUCAAACAAUUUGCUUGUCCAUUUUCUGAUGAGAUCAAUGACUUGACAACUAAUUGUGCUACAAUUAUGUUUACUUACAUAAAUGCCUAUGGAAAAUAUCCACCUGGAUUAUUUGCUCAUGAGUGCAGAGAAGGGCAAAAGGGUCUUGAUUGCAGCCAAGUAAAAUUAGCCAAUACUUAUAAUAUUUCUAGUAGUGGUGUUCAUGUGGUUGCUCCUCACUCUAUCUUGUUGAUUUCAAUUAUUGGUUUUUUGGGAUUUAGUUUCUAA